UGCAGAAGAAUGCGUGGAUUGCUAUCGCUACGAUAGCCCGACUGUUCCUCUCUCUUGUUUGGUCCAUUGGCAGUCCGCGCCCCAUUUUCUCCCCCCUCUUCCUACUGCGGGCGGUAGUACAUUUGUAACAGGAUACACAGGAGCCUAAAAAGCUAUCAUAGCCAUCCUUGCUAUCCUCAUUCGUCCCAUCCUGCUCAAACCCCUGUGGGUCUGUGUAUGCUGUUUCAACCAUCAUCACGCAGCUUGCCUUUUUUAUAUCCCCCGGCACAGGUUCCCACGAGAACAGUCAUCCCUCCCUCUUCAAGCUUCAAGAGAGAUUGAGUUGUGCCAUCGAAUAAUAUAUCCACCCCUCCCUUCCCUUCCCCCUUCCACUGUCUGCCCUGCUUCUUAUAUCCGCUCAUUUCUGCAUCUCCCUGUUGCCAAAACUUGAGAACUAACACAAAACACAUUAUCAAUUCAUGGCUAUGAAACGUCGCCCAUGGGCGUUCAUCAUCAUCGGCUCCAUCCUGGCUAUCUGUGCAGUCGUCAUCCCUGUCGCCGUCGUCUUCACUUCUAAAUCUGAGAGCCAUCCUGACCCGGCCACCAAAGCCGCAUCGGCUGCCUCCAAGGCCCACAAGAUCGGCCCCAACGACCUCGCCCCUAAGCCCAAGUGGGACUUCGACGUCAAUAAAAUCGUCGGCAUCAAUCUCGGCAAUUGGCUCGUCUUGGAAAGAUGGAUGGUCGAAGAUUGGUUCGUUGAGAAAGCCGGCGCCAAUUCAUGGGACGAGUGGAGUUUCACGAUUGCCCAGGGUGACAAAGCAGCUCAAACUCUGGAGGAACAUUGGUCGACCUGGGUGACUGAGGAUGACGUUGAGAAGCUCUACCAAGCCGGGAUCAACACCAUGCGAAUCCCGCUCGGCUUUUGGAUCUUCAUCGAAACCGUGCCCCCGGAGCCCUACAUUUCGACGACCCAACUCGACCAUCUCGAACGUCUCUGUGGCUGGGCCUAUGCCCGAGACAUGUACAUCAUCCUCGAUCUUCACGGGCUUCCCGGAAGUCAGAAUGGGGAGCAACAAUCCGGACACAAUACGACCAGCCCGAACUUCUUCCAGCCUCUUCAACAGGCCCGCUCGGACCAACUUGUCAAGGCCGUUGUCGAUUGGAUCGGCUCCUCGGCCUACUCGAGCAUCAUCUCUGCCAUCGAGGUCGUCAACGAACCCCGCCCUUACACCACCGAACAACGCGCCAUGUUGCGAGCCUUCUACGAUCGUAGUUACGAGACCAUCCAGACCCUGGGUUCCAAAGCCCCGGCGAUGUUUUUUGCUGAUGGAUUUGUUCCAGGUGAUAAGUUCGCAUACUGGUGGGAAUUUGCAUCCUCCCACAAGACCCAACCGCCGACGUUGAUCUACACGGACCAUCCAUACAUCGGCUACUUCCCCGCACAAACCAACGCCGCCGACAUCUACAACCAGAUCUGCACGAAGGGAACCAAGUAUGCGAACUUCCCGGUGACCACGGUGAUCACUGAGUGGUCGCUACGGACGGGGAUCCAGAACACGACGUUUGAGAGAUCGUUCUAUGAGGCCCAGUUGAAUACUUGGGCCUGGUAUUCCGGUGCGGUCUUCUGGUCAUUACGAGUACUUGACUCGAAGGUGGCGGUCCUAGCGGACAAAGUAGCGCAAUACCAAUGGUCGUUCGAGAGUCUCCUGGAGCGCGGAUCGAUUGCCUCGCCGACGAAGAAGGGGGACUCGGCCCAGUUCCUGAAGGAGCUCCGGACGCCCUGCGGGGCGCCUCCGACGCUCGUCCGCGACGGCGCCCCUCCCCAGGGCACUGCGGCUGCCGCUGCCAUCGCCGACGCCGAGGCCGCGAAGGCCAUGAUCCCGGCAAUCACUCAGUCCAUCGAGGCCGCCGCUAAGCAGUUCGGGCUCCAAGGUAUCGGCGCUAAGGCCGUCCACAAAAAUCCUCCUAAACACCGUCGCCGCUAGACUCUCCCCUCUCUCCCUCUCUUUACACACUUACACACACACUCUCAUUUUUCACCUUAAAAUGCGGCCUUGAAUCUCUGAAGCUUCAUUCAUCUUCUCCGCCCCCCCCCCCCUCCCCCCUCAAAAAAAAAGAGAAUCCCCUUAUAUAUCCUUUUGUGUCUUCCUUUCCUUUCUUUUUUGUGUUGUUGACUUGUCCCAUGCGAACAAUCGGAGUGCUGAAAUUCUAUACGACCCCGACUAUAUCUAUUAUCCCACACAUUUAAUAUAGUCCCCCCCCCCUCCUGCUUUUUUUAACGUAUACAUAUCAUGCAAAUUAAGAGAACAUCCUGGACUUUGUCCUGGUCUUCCUUCAUGAGCCUGAAGGCUACGAGACCUCUCCGGUCCACAUCUUCCCGUGCAUGUUCUUCUUUUUUUCUUUUUCUUUUCUGAUUGGGGCUGUCUUGUUGUCUUGACUACUUACACGCUUGUUUUUAUUUACGUUUUGUCGUGGUUUCUUGAAUUGAAUCGAGUUUUGUGUUUGUGUCUGUUUCUUUAAUGCUUUCUUUGGUAGCAAAAAAAAAAAA